AUGUGGAGGAUUCCAUACUCCAGCAUUGUCUCCUCCAGGCCAUUCAAAUUUCUUGUUGGGCCUGACAAGAUUGAAUACACAAUUCAUGGAGCGCUGGUCGCACACCAGUCCCGAGCCCUGCAUACUCUAGUCUACGGAGGCUUGAAAGAAAGCCAGGAGCAAUGUGUUGAGUGGGCCGAAGUUGACCCCGAUACAUUUAUUCGCUUUGCCCAGUACCUGUACACGGGGGACUAUGCGGCCGCUGCGACUGAAUGGCUCGUUCAGAGCGCGCAAGCCACCAUCGAAGAAUCACCAGAGCAGACGAGCGAUAAUCAGCAACUAUCCAACCAGGCAACGGCACCAGAAGAGCCCAGGCCGCACAGGCACCCUGAGAGCCCAUUUAUAUGGCGAUCAAAUCACGAUCCAGCGGAGAGCUUGGGUCCCUUGUUUCUUUCACAUGCCAAGUUGUACGUGUUGGCCGAUUGCUAUGGGAUAGAAGGCUUGACGCAGAUAUCACUUUACAAACUACAUAACCAGCUUCGCAUCUUUACGCUACACCCCGAGAGAAUCACAGAUGUGCUUGACCUUGUCGAGUUUAGCUAUGAACACGGGCCCGCGGAGCUGCAGGACCUAGUGUCGUCGUUUGCGAGCAGCCACCUAGACAUGCUUUGGAAAACGGAAGAGUUUAAAGAGUUGUUUGGGAGGUUUCCUGAUCUCGCAAUGUCAUUGAUGGAUAUCCAGAUGAAUAAGCUGCUGUCCUGGCACCGCUGGAGAUUCCCUACUUGGGUGAGGCAGAGUGAUUGA